CCCCUGAAAUACAGCAUGACUCUCCUUAGCAGGAUGAAUAUGCGGUUUCAUCUGGCGCCUGCUCUCCUGCUGUGGCUGAGCGCAGCGGCCGCGGCACAGGAGGAAACGGUGGCGGUCCAGCUGCAGCAGGGCGCCAUCGAAGGCAGCAAGUCCGAGGCCAAGGGAGGGAGGACCUUCUACAGCUUCCUGGGCAUUCCCUACGCCGAACCCCCCGUCGGGAGCCUGAGGUUUAAGGCCCCUGUGCGCGCCGGAGAGUGGGAGGGCGUGAGGAACGGUUCUGCAGCCCCGCCCGGAUGUCCUCAGCCGAUGUAUGUUGGGGUAACGAGCGAAGACUGUCUGUUUCUCAACGUCUUUACGCCUCGGGUCAACAAGUCUGACCUUCCCGUCAUGGUGUGGUUCCUCCCUGGAGCCUUCGUAAUGGGCAACAUGGAAAUCUAUCGACCAGAGUAUUUGCUCAGAAAAGAUGUGGUUCUUGUGGUUGUUCAGGCCCGACUCGGUAUCCUGGGAUUCCUCUCGACAGCGGACUCUGAGCUUCCUGGCAACCUAGGGUUGAAGGACCAGACGAUGGCACUCCAAUGGGUGCGGGACAACAUCCAUGACCUCGGCGGCGACAGAGAUAAGGUCACCAUCUUUGGGCAAAAUGCUGGCGCCGCGUCUGUGCACCACCACAUUGUGUCCCCGAAGUCAAAAGGUUUGUUUAAACGAGCGAUCAUGCAAUCAGGCUCAGGUCUGUGCCCCUGGUCAGUUAGGGAGGAUCACAGGUACUUAGCAUAUCAGAUCGGUCGCUUCUUAGAAUGUCCUGGAUUGACUGAAAACCCGGCGGAUAUGAACUCUGCCGAACUUGUUGAAUGUCUGAUGAAGAUCCCCGCCGAGAAACUGACCUCCGCGCUGUUUACACUGACUUUCAUUUCCAUGAACAUCAACCCCUGCACAAGGAGUCCUACUAACGCACCUUACGGUCUUGUCCCCCCCACCCCAAACACCCGGGACGAAGGCGCUCUGAACUCUCGUACAUUCUUGCAAGACGGCACAACGAACACCCUGAUACAAAACUACAGCACGGUUGUCCCCUUUGUGAUGGGCUUAAAUGUCUGGGAUGACAACUUCGACUUCUUAGGCCGCCUCAUUUUCCACAGGUACUUGGGGGCCGUCGAGUUUGACAUGAGCAAGGUCGAUGCUCUGACCAAGCUUGUCAGUGACUCCUUCUACAGUACAUGCACCCUGGAAGCUAUAGAAAACCAUGCAAGGGGUACCACAUAUGGCCAUCGUGUCUACGCUUACGAGUUGCAGCAUCGUGGACAAUACACCUUUACAGAACUAUACAUGGGACCUGCACCUGAGUGGAUACACACAGAUGUAAGCCACAUGGACGAUUUGCAGUACCUGUUCUCCUUUGACAAUCUCAAUAUCAGCAUGAGCAAAGAAGAGGAUUUCUUCGUUUCGAGGAUCAUGGUAGAUCUCUGGACCAACUUUGCUGCUACUGGAAACCCAACACCGGACAUGUCAAUGGGAUUUAAAUGGACACCGACUGACGACUCGAAGCUUUCUUACCUCGGCAUCACCUCAUCCCCUAUCAUGAAGGUCUUCGAUGAUGUUCAGGACUUAGAAUUCUGGAGAAAUUUACCGAAGAAGGUGAACAAGCUGCUUUAUCCAGAGCGUUUUCGCAAUGAGCAAGACUAGGAAGCACUAGCAGUUACUAUACCACGAUGCUACACUAGCUAUUAUGAUGGUUAUUUUUUAGUUGCUGUUAUAACAGCAGUGUGCGGUAUUAAACGGUAUUCUUGGUAUCCCAAUGAAUAUGGACUCGACCGUCGCUAAGACCUGAUUUGAAUUUGCUUUUCUAAACUUUUGAUUUAGUGUGAAGUGUAUCACAGUAAUAGUAUUGCUCACGAAUAGGGGCAUUAUAUACUCAGUGUAUAUUCUCUGUCAAGAAAUAAAUUCUCGUUGAAACAAA